AUGCCUGAGAAAAGUAAAGACCCAGGGACAUUUACCAUUCCAUGCAUCAUUGGUUACAAUAGAAUUGAUAAUGCUAUGCUAGAUCUAGGAGCAUCCAUCACUGUUAUGCCCUUGUCUAUUUUUACUUCGUUAUCUCUUGGCUCCUUGCAGCCCAUAGGUAUGGUUAUCAAGUUGGCCAAUAGAAGCAUAACAAAUCCAGCUGGAAUUGUGGAAGAUGUAUUAGUGAGAGUAAACAACCUCAUUUUUCUAGCUGACUUUUACAUCCUAGAUAUGCAAGAAGGAGAAUCAAUGAAGAGUACUGCACCAAUAAUCCUAGAAAGACCGUUCUUAAAGACUGCAAGAAUGAAAAUUGAUGUAUCCUACAAGAGAUUCAUUAAGGACUUCUCCAAGAUUGUCAUUCCACUUUCCAAACUUUUGCAAAAAGAAGCUGAGUUCAACUUUGAUGAGAAGUGUAAAGAGUCAUUUAACAUUCUUAAGAAGGCCUUGACCACCACACCUAUCAUCCAACCUCCAGAUUGGAGAAGGCUGUUUGAAUUGAUGUGUGAUGCAUCAAAUUUCACAGUGGGAGUUAUCUUAGCACAACAGGUUGGUAAGCUUCCCCAUGUUAUUUACUAUGCUUCCAGAAUCCUGGACUUAGCACAGUGUAAUUACACCACAACUGAAAAAGAAUUGUUGGUCAUAGUCUUUGCAUUGGAUAAGUUUAGGUCAUAUCUCUUAAGGUCGAAAGUUGUGAUUUUUACUGAUCAUUCUAUUUUGAAGUAUUUGCUGAAAAAGACAAAUUCUAAGCUUAGGCUGAUAAGCUAUAGGAGGCCAUCUUGGACUUUAGAGGACAGCAAGAAAAGUGCUAGAUGUAGGACUGUAUCAAGGCCUCCUGGCAAACAUAUUCCACAUGUGAAAGAUGCCAAAAAGCAGGAGGAGCAAUCACUUGGAGACAUGAGAUGUCUCAACAACCCAUACUAUAUUGUGACAUCUUUGAUGUCUAGGGUAUUGAUUUCAUGGGACCCUUCCUAUCAUUUUUUGGUUUUCUAUAUAUACUGCUUGCUAUUGAUUAUGUCUCAAAAUGGGUGGAAGUCAAGGCUACCAGGACUAAUGAUGCCAGGGUUGUUGUAG